AUUCAAAGACGACGCUACUUUCAAAUAAAUUUCCAGUACUUUGUGGGAUAUGCGAAUGGUUGUUUUACAGUAACAAAUAAAAAAACUAUUGAUGACUGAGAGCUGUAUAGCCCGGGUACGUGAAUUCAAUCGUGUUAUUUGGGGGGGAUCUGAUGUGAAAACAGAUUUGUUCAAACGAUUUUCAUUUAGCCCUGUUGAGUUUAGUGCUUUGGUACAAUCAACAGGUGGUCCAUGUGCUAUUAUAGCUACUACUCAAGCCACAAUUAUGUACGAGGUUUUGUUCAUUCGCAAGCAGAAUCUAGCUGAUAUUACAGAUGUCGACAAUAUGGAAAUUCUACUUAGCGCACUGUUAAGAAUAAUUCUAUUGGUUUCGAGUGAUCGCCAAAGUCAGUUUUGCUGGGUUUACUGGUGCGAAGAUGAAGAACCAGCGAGUUCUGAGUCCUCCAUUCAAAAUGAAAAAUGUGCUACCAGUGAUUUCAGUGCUGCCAACAAGUCAUUGGGUUCUAAUAUAAACCAGCUUGGAGAAUGCGGUUUCCAGAAGUUUAUUAAUGGUUUAAGAUGCUUCGAAGCCGAAACUGUCGAAGAACUCCGUGCAGUUGCUUUCUCGUUACUUCCUCAAAUAAAAUCAAAGUAUGGAGUAUUAUGCUUCCUUUAUUCUGUUUUGUUCACACAUGGACUUCAGUCACUUAUAAAUGAAAUGAAUGGUGAGAUGGAUGCAUUGAUUGAUCCGAUCCAUGGACAUGCUAGUCAGUGUCUGAUUAAUUUAUUAAUUACCGGGGAGAGUACGCCAUAUUUAUUUGAUGGUGAAAGAGAUCUCGGAGGAUUUACAUUGAAAGGUAUAUCCAGGCAACCGAAAACCGGUUUCUUGACUUUUGUUGAAGCAAUGAGAUAUUGUGAAGUGGGAUGGUUCUUGAAAAAUCCAUAUUACCCAGUUUGGAUUUUGGGAUCUGAGACACACUUGACCGUUUUAGCGUCGCCAGAUAUGUCGUUGGUGUCAAAGAAUGUAAAGUCAGAAACUAACUCCAUAUCAGGUAUACGUCAAGCUGAAAUUGAGUUUAAUUAUCUGAGCCCAGAUCAAGACACUGGUGGUUUCAUCAGUUCGUCAGAUUUCGAAAAAUUACUGACUAAAUUACGUCUGUAUACAGGAUCCCAACAAGUAAAUGAUUUAGUUACAAAGCUAGAUCCUGAAGGUUUGGGAAUAAUUUUGAAGAAAGACUUCCUACAGUUCUUUUUUCCCGAAGAAAUGGCAAAGCACACCGCUGAAGUUAUUAGCUUUCAGUUAAUUCAUUAUAAUGGUCUGGAACACUCUAAUACUGAUGGUCGGGUUCGAUACAGUACUGGUGAGGCCCGCUUAAUAGAUCCUACAGAAGAGCUUGUCGAGACCCAGCCUAUUGAUCAAAGUCCUAUACAGCAGUGCUUGGCAACAAAAUGGCCUACAAUACGAAUCAAAUGGAACGUAAACAGAAGUCCGUCACUUAACUAAUGUAUUUGUAAUGUAUUACAGUAGCAACUCAUCAUUAUUACCCAAACGCUUUCAAUUCUAAAUUUGUACAGUUUAUCACUUUUUAAUCAAAAUGGGGUGUUUUUAUGUACGUUGCCAUGUUUUCGUAUGUUUAAUCGCCUUGUUAUAUUAUUUAAAAGCUCUAUGCAUAAGCUUGAAGUUUCUGUUUCUGGGCUAGGAACAAUUACUGCUUCACUGUCGCUAGCACGAACUGAAUGUAUAUCGAUAAGUAUACGAGUUAGAAUGGGGAAAUUUGCCAUUCCAGUCAGCCUUCUACCUCAAAACUUCCCACUUAUCGCUCUUCUGAAUAAUGAUUUAUGGUACCCAAAUGAUGGAUAUACUUUCUGACUCAUAUAUUCUAUGAUGUUGCAUAUACUUACUUACUCCUGUUACCCCU